ACUCACAUCUCAUUGGAACUUCCCAAUUGAUCCCGUGCAAAUUAUUCAGGCGGUAGGUAUGGCGAGGACCAGGACGGUGGCAGUAGCAGCCUUUGUACUUGUGUUCUCCACGGCUAUAUCCUCAAUGGCUCAGACCACGGCGCAAGAGCAGGAGUUCGUGGCGCUCCACAACGCCGCCCGUCGUGAGGUGGGUGUUGAGGAUGUCGUCUGGAACGAGACCGUGGCGGCGUUCGCACGAGCCUACGCGGCAAGACGUGCUGGUGACUGCAAGCUCGAGCACUCGGACCAGGAUGAGCGCAACAAGUUGGGCUACGGUGAAAACAUUUACAUGGGGCCUCCUGGUAAGGACUGGACGGUGGCGGAGGCCGUGCAAUGGUGGGUGGACGAGAAGCAAUUCUACGACAACGUCAGUGGUAUGUGCGUGGUGGGGAAGGAGUGCGGGCACUACACCCAGGUGGUCUGGGGCAACACCAAGGCCAUCGGCUGCGCGCGUGUCAAGUGUGACAGCGGUGGCAUCUUCAUCACCUGCAACUAUACACCGGCAGGCAACGUCAUCGGAAAACGUCCAUUCUAGAUUUCUAGUGGUUUGGGUAAUAUACCUAUAAGAGUAUAUAAACAGUAUGUUUGUGAGCAUGUAUAUGCUAUGAUACUACCCUGAUGUUGUGUUUGUCUGCUUUAUGGAUGCUUGAAGCCUGCAUAUACCCAUGCAGUCUAGAUGUAAUAUAAAUGUAUUGUAUACUUAAGUUCACAAUAAAUAAAUGGGUAUUGAAAAUUUUACUUCUUCAA